AUGAGAUCAUCCAUGAUUAUAGGGGAAGUUGCUCCAUCAAAUUGGGUUGAUCAAGUAAAAGAGCAAGAAAAGCGCCGAUGGCUAGCAGAUUUAGAACAACAAAUUCAAUCCAAGCAGCAACGUAAAAAAACUAGUAAAUUUUCUUCGGAGGCGCAAGAACCGAGUAAUUUACUAAUUCAGAACCAACAGCAAAUUUCACCCGUUGCAAAUAAAGAAGAAGAUGAAAACAAGUCUUAUUUAAGAGGCAGAGGGUUUGCUUUAGAUUCUCAAACUCAGAAAGAGCUUGAAGCAAAAAGAAACCGAGAAAUGCAAAAUCAACUUUAUAAUAAACAACAAAUGGAGGAAAAACAACGAAUAAAGCAGCAAGAACAAGAUAAACUUCUUCGUGAAGAGAAUUUAGAAAUUCAACGAUUGGAAUCCAAUACUAGUACGGUAGAUCAAGCAGUUCCUGAUGAUCAACAAGAAAUGCUGAUCUCAGAAUUAAAGCAGAAGAGGAAAGGCAACAAUAACGUUGAUAAUACAUAUCAAAAGAUUUUAGAAGCUCAGGAAGCCGCGAAAUUGGCUAAAAAGGAGAAGCUAAUGAGAAAACUUAAGAAACAUGGACAUGACGUUUCCAAUUUAUACGGAAGAGAAGGUGGCCAUGCUAGAGAAAAGCCGAUGGAAUCUCGUUAUAAUAAACCUAUGGUACCCGUAUUGGAGAGAGUAGAAAUCCCUGAACCGACGAAUGAUCCAGCUGUAAUGCAAAAUGCUUCUGAUCCUGAUGACAUUCAACUACAAAGUCCUCGUCGAAAGAAGGAAGGCUUACUAUUAGAUUCAAGUAGUCAUGCUAUUCCUGUUCCUAUUGAACAAUUGGCAGAAGAAGAAGAAGAACGAUUAAAAGAAGAAGAGAUAACUCCUCAACAAAGCCAAUAUGACCAUUUUAGAGAUUACGGCAGUCGAGAGGAUACUGGAGAAGAGUAUACUAGCCCACAAGCCAUCGCUAGAACUUCAAAUAAGAUCAGGAAAUCAGUGGACAACGAUAUCCGCGAAAAGGGUAAAGGAAAUAAGUCAGAUUCUCGUAGUCACGAUAAAAAUGAAGCCAAAGGAAGUCAUAAUUAUAGUAAAAUUACAAAGUCGAGAGCAGUGAAGACACAGGACAAAGUUAAUGCUACAGCUCGACGUAAUGGCUUACAGAAUGAUAAAAAUAAAACCCAUAAAAGUAUACAAAGUAAAACUAAUAAACCGAAUGGGGACAAACGAGAAAGAACUGAAAGAAAUAAUAAGCCUUCCAUCAGAUUGAUUAAUAGCCCAAAAUCGGAUCCUAGCCCAACAGUAGAGUAUGAUCGUGAUCCAGCAGAAGAAAUGUACACUCCUGAACCGGAAUUGAAAUCUCAGAGAAAUUAUGUCGUUCAAAACCAUAGAGGAAUGAAAGAAUUAAAAAGCCGAUCUGAAAUUGCACCUAUUAUGACAACAUCACCUAUACCCUCCAAUGAGGUUCUUGCCAUGAGAUUAGUAAAUUACGAAUUAGAAGCGGAAGUUCGCAAAUUGAAAGAGCAGAUUCAAGAUCUAGGGCGGCAAGUUAUGAUAAAACGAGAUCCAACCCCAUCUCCAAGUAAACCUAUUGUAUCUAUACCUACUGUAUCCAAUGAUCUACCGCAAGAUGAAAUUUUAGACCAAUUAGCAACUUUGCGUAAGGGUCUCUUACUAAGACGAAAUGAAUUAGAAAGAGCUUACACACCGUACUCUGCUCAAAUUAUGAACGAUUCUGAAUAUACCUAA